UAAUUUUUAUGCAAAGCAAACGACAGACUUUUCGGCUGGUCAACAAUUUCUAUUUUAAUUGGCAGCGCCCAGCAAUUUACCAUAAGCGAAUGGAAAGCUGACAGAAGUGAACAAGUCACCGACUCUUAUUUAUUGUGCAUAAUUCAAGCCAAUCAAUGUGUUUUCUUUUAUCCGUUUUUGUUGCCAUUUUGCCAUUUGCGACAAGACCGCGAUCACGCAGUGGCCAGAAUUUUGGUUCUUGCGACCCAAUUCGUUAACCACCGCCAUUAUGGCAUAAUUGCUUAGAAUUAAUAACUUUUAACGAACUGCGUGUGCCAGUUUUUUGCGUGUUUCUUUCUCGCAGUGUACGCAAAUUGGCAAGCGCCGUUAAUUGGAAAUUUUCUUUGUCAAGGUUGCGGGUCCCAAUACGAAUCCAAUCGGAAUCCGACUUCGACCGCGACUCCGGCUCAAGUGCACGUCCAUUUGUGUUGUGUGUCAAUUAGCGUGUUAUUCAACCGCGCUCGCAAAUAGAUCAUUAAAGUAAAGCACUCGGCGGCGUAAUUGUAAUGAUGUGCAAACAUCGUCUGGCGAGCUGGCAGCGGAGCUGUGGAAUUCUGGACUCUAGAUUCUGGAGUCCCAGUAAUUAGCACAUCGAUUGGCCUCUGGCCAAAACUGGCUUCCUCCGCUCCGCUAGGCGAAAACUGGUCGACACAGAAAAAACACAUGUAGGGGAGAGUGGGGCAUUGUCGUCACUUUUUUUUUAAUUGCGUAAUUUGUUGAUAAAAUAACUUAUUUUUAUCAUGUAAUAUACAUGGUUGGAUUCGGAAAAGAUCUGGCUAUAAAAUGCACGACCGUUAGAGUAGCGACGGAAACGGAAAGUAAAAGCCCCGACCACGACCACGACCACGACCACAUUCCACAUUCCCAGGCAGACCGAGAUGGCCGAGACACUCAACAACAAGCCGAGCAUCCAGAUCCGGAGCGGACUGCCCUCGCCGCUGCCGGACAAGAGUCCCUCGCCGGCCACCAAGCUGCUGAUCAGCCACGGCAAGCCCAACUUCACCAUUCCCCGCUCGCCGAAGGCCGAUGAAAAUGGCAAUGGCAAUGGGCAGUUCAACCCCCUGUCUGCCCAGCCCAACGCCAACAACAACUACAACGCCUACAAGAGCGCCAACAGCAGCGCGGUCGCCAGCCAGAAGUUCCUGGUGGGCACCAAGUUCAACGGCGUCUUCAAGCCCUCCAAUGCGGCGGCCACUUGGGCCACCAACGCCAACGCCAAUGGAAAUGGAAAUGGAAAUGGCAACGGAGCAGCGGAGUCGGAGAACGAGGCGGCCAAGGUAGUCCUGCGGAGGCCCAAGCUGGCGGACUCGCCGCCGCCCGCCGAGGGCGAGGACCAGGACGUGCCGGAGUUCAUCAGACGCCAGCGUCGCAUCCAGGAGCGACUGGCCAAGGAGAACGUGCUGGACUUCGAGAGCCGCCGCAGCGGCUACUUCACGCACGUCGUCAUCUCGCCGGACUCGCCCAACCGCACCUCGUUCGUGGAGACCAUGGCCAGUCCGGCCAUCGUGCCCGCCCUCGAGAUCCCCGCCCCGGUGGCGGAGAGGCGUGAGGAGGAGCUCCCCGAGUCGGAGCAGCCCGCUGCUCCCGCUGCAGCCACAGAGCAGUCCGCCGAGGUGGCCCCCGAGGAGGUGGCCCAGGCCAUCGAGCAGGUCAACCAGGCGGUGGCUGGCGAGGAAGAGGCUGAGGUGGAAGCUGCUCCAGAGCCAGAACCAGUGGCUGUUCCAGUGGCUGCUCCAGUGGCAGAACCGGAGGCUGCUCCAGUGGCUGCUCCAGUGGCUGCUCCAGUGGCUGCUCCAGUGGCAGAACCGGAGGCUGUUCCAGAGCCCGUUCCAGUGGCUGCUGAGAGGAAGGCAGAGCCCGUGGUGGAGGAACCCACUUCUGCUCCCGCUCCCGCUCCUGCUCCAGUGGAGGCUCAGGUCGAGGUGGUUGAUCCAGUGGCGUCCACCAACGGUCAGAAGGAGGAGCAGGCAGCUCCCACCACAAACGGCCACAAGGAGGAGGCCAGCCCCGCCAGCAACGGCCACAAGGAGGAGGAGCAGCCCAUUACCAUCUCGCACACCAAUGGCCAGAGCAGCGACGGCCCCAGCCUGCCGAAUCCGGACCCCAGCGGCGCCCUGGGAGUGAACUACGAGCCGAAGACGGUGGUCAGCUUCUCGCAGGAGCUGGGCGGCGGGGAGAACCACUACCCGGACACCGUGAAGGUGGUCACCGAGGUGCCCUCGCAGGCGGAGCCGGAGCUCCAGGAGCUGACCAAGCUGAAGUUCGACAUCAAGAGCGACGAGCAGAACGAGGUCCAGGUGACCCCCGUCCUGCGGGCGGACUAGGAUCGAUGAGCAGGAUCGGGGAUGAGGACGAGGACGAGGACGAGGGCCAGGAGCAGGAGUAGUGCAAUUCGUUUGUCCGCCGGACACCUUCAACUAUUGUAUUGUAUUGUGUUAGCUGCUAAGUUGAUUACCAGAAAUGUUGCCAAAUUUAAUUUUAUGCUUCGCGCAUCAGUCAGUAUCGAGAGUCGAGUAUCGAGUACCAAGUACCGAGGGGGUAUCGAGAUGGGAGUAUCGGGGGAGCAUCGAGUGGUGAGCCCAGUUCCCGAGGAGCCACCCAAGGAGGCCCGGUCCCCAAUAGCGCGUUUUUGGGACUUGCUAAACCAAACUACGUUGUUGCAGUAGACACCACUUGCUUUAUUUAAAUAAAUUAUUAUUAUUGA